ACUCGGACAAAACGCUGUAUAGUGCCAUUAAAAGAUUGGAGAUGAAUAGUUUCAUGAAGUUUAGUGUCAAUAAAUUGAUAGAGACAUUGCAAUUAACCUUGAUAAUCGUUAUACGAUCUUAAUGACAAUAUUAUGUUCUGUUAUUAUCUUGAUAGCGAGUGUUAUUGCGUUCGUAAAUCAAUAAGUGUGUCUCUAUGAAGUGAAGCUUUUUUCCAAGUGAAAAGUGCAGUGAUUUUUUUUCCUCUACAUAAGAAUGAGUGGGUAUAUUUCAUAGAUCGCGAUCAUGUCGAACAUAUUUCGAUAAGUAGACUAGUUGUCGUGAUUUACAUUCAGGUGUGUUCGUGUUACCGGAUAGUUAAGUUUUUACGGUCACGAUAGAGGGCGAGCGAGUGGGGCCGAUUUGUAUAUCGUAAGCGAGGCGACGACAGCCGAUGACACGGUAUCUGCUAUGUCGUCGAUCUCUUUAUGUGUCACAAGCCCGGCGGUGUCGUGGGCGGUCGUACGACACUCGUACGUGAUACGUGUGUCGUGUCUGAUAACCACGAGCUCGGAACGACCUGAUGUGGUGGACGUCAACCUUAACAAUGUCCUAAGCUUCGGCUUCGGCGCAAACGCAGGUCUCGGGCCAACCUGCCUUAGCUUAAGUAAAACGCCAGAUUCAACGCCCAAACCUACAAUGGGGCCCGUAUUUCGCUCCUCGGAGUCGGGCCCUAAAUUUGUGAAGGCAGUCCGAUAUAUCGGCUGGAUUGUACUAGUGUCCGACCUCAUUUUCCUGUUUUGCAGUAUUUACUUACUCCUCAGAAUAUUUAGUGGGCCAUGCCAAAAAGCAGCAAAAAUAUUCCUAAUAACAGCAAUGAUCGCAAUGUUCCUAUCAUUCAUCUACAGUAUGAUAUACGUGUCAGCCUGUAUCACUUUGGGGGGAGCGUUCCCAGUUUUUGAAUUCUUAUUCGCAUUAUUUGAUUUAAUGAAGUGGACAGUCUGGAUCCACUUUUUGCUAGUAAUUCGCGCUUAUAUUAACUCGUACUCGCCACUCGAGACACCGGCUCAACAAGACCGGGGGCCAUGCCGUUGGCGGUGUAACUUUUUGUGAAAUACUGACACUUUGGGCAGGCUUCCCUUCAUCAAUUUCUAGUAUGGGCGUACUUUCUAUUAGUUGUUAACUCCUAUAGACGCAAGAUUACAACCGCGUGAUAAAUUUAAGAUAAGCUGAAGGAUCAAAUGAAAUAUGGACAAUGGGGGAAUUAUGUAUUUUAAUAAGGCUGUAUUGGUGAAUUGUUUAUUGCAUUUUCCACGGAAACGUACAUUUCUUAUGCUGAUAUUGUUUUUAAAUAGGUGCACGUGUUUAUGCGUGUAUUGUUUAGUGAUAAUUUUC